UUGACAGAGUCCUUGUGCAGCAAGCAAGCUGAAAACCCUUUUGUUAAGGAUCUAUUCACUUCUUUUUCUACUCUGCCCCAAGAUUUGGAGGAUCAUUCUGUCUACAGAGUUCCUGUUGUUACACUUACGGAAAUUAACUGACUUCAAAAAAUGGGGUUGUUUUACAAAACAGGAACAGAGAAGAUUUGUAUCAUUUGCAUCAUUCUCCAAGUAUUCAUAAUGAUGCUCUGACCCUAGCUGUGAAGGAAUAAUACUAGGACAUUUUCUGACUCAGAAUGGAGAACAGUAUCUUUCAAGACAUCCAGCAACGAAGGGGUGUUUGACCUCUGAUGGAUGAAAUCUGCUGGAAUGGAAGCUAAGCUCUUUGAAGAGGACCAGGUGUCAACUUAUUCUGUAUAUGCCACAUGUCUGGGGACUUCAGAGGAGUCAAAAAAUGAGAAAUACAAAACAAAAGUCGAAGAAUAUGAUUACCAAUUUGAGCUCCAUAACGUUCUGCUCGAAUGUGAACUCAGUUCUUCAUCUAUAACACAGUCAGUAAGCUACACUGAGACAUCCUUGGAACCUAGCAGGGUUACAGGCCAUGUUCCUGUUGCUGCUGAGCCUGAGGGAAAGCAUCUUUGGGAAGAAUUACUGUAUUCUUCAGGACACAAAUUUAAGGACAGUCCUACACACCUAUCCUCACAAGAGGAAUUUCCCUUAUCAUUUCUUCCAAGUGAAAGCUCAGCUGGGAAACCAGCAAAGGUUCAAGAUAUCAGAGUAAUAACACACAAACCAAAUGUGAUCACCUUUUCUGAUUUUGAAUAUUUAUCACCUAGUGCUAAUUCUAAACUCCAUAUUUGUGAGGUCACAGACACAGAGGCUUUCUCUUUUGAAGAGGAGGAGGAAGGUGAUGAGGAGGAGGAGGAGAAGAAGAAGAUUUUUACAGAUCUACCACUGUAUAGGGCAUUUUGGGGCAGUGGUCUUUACAAAAGGACAGUUCUCCCAGAGAAACAAGAUAAAUGUGAGCAUACCAGAAGUCAGUAUGUUGGUCAUUUAGAUGGCUGCAAUGAUCACACUGGAAAGAAAUUGAAUGACUGUGAAAAGGAAGAAAAACAAACGGAUUUGGUGACCCAACUAGAAAAAGGAUCUGAGUGGUCAGACUCUAUUUCAUGUCUCAUGAAGAAACUGGAACAAUUGAAUUUAGAUAUUGAAGAGGCGCUCAGUGCUGGCUCUUCUCCUUCCAGCACUCCUUCUACCAAAAGGCAGAAACAGCUGUGCCCUGUUAAAGUGGAGCCAGGCCUUCUUCACAGAGAUCAGAGAAAGGAAAUCUGUAGAAAUAAGAAGGCAGGCUAUCUGGAUGUAGAUAGUUUGCCGAGCUCAGUGUCAACUGGAGCACGACCAAAAACUGAAGUGUUGUCUCAGAAGCUAAGCAAAGAGAAAGCAGAAAUCGAAGCAAAGGAAGCGUGUGACUGGCUACGAGCUGCUGGAUUUCCACAAUAUGCUCAGCUCUAUGAGGAUUCACAGUUUCCUAUUAACAUUGCAGCCGUAAAGAAAGAUCAUGAUUUUCUCGACAAGGACCUUGUAGAACCUCUUUGCCGACGACUGAACACAUUGAACAAGUGUGCCUCAAUGAAACUCGAUGUGAACUUCCAAAGGAAAAAGAGUGAAGACUCAGAUGAAGAAGAUCUCUGUGCCAUCAGUAAUAAAUGGACUUUCCAAAGGUCAAGCAGAAGAUGGUCUCGAGUGGAUGACAUUGACACUUUGCUUCACCGAUCAGAUAGACAUGGAUCGUCAGGGGACAUUAAAAUGAAAAGUACCCUCAGCAGUGAGAGUGUCCUCACCGAUCUGAGUGAGCUUGAGGUGUCAUCUAUUCACAGCGAGAGCAGUGGGGGAAGUGACAGUCGGCGUCAGUCUGGCAUCCACAGCACUAUAAGGGAGAUAUGUGACUGCUCAGGACAGCAUAGUGUAGAAAAUACUCUUACACGCUGCACCACUCCUGUCAGCUGUACCCUCUCCCCGGUUCCAAAGGAGACCACAAAUUACUCCUGUAACCUUAAGAAUGAAAAACCCCCACGAACGAGAGCCAAAACCUUUCUAAAGCGUAUGGAGACGCUAAAGCCUAGAGGUGCACCUGGAAAACUAAAAGGCUUGGGAAGGCCUGGUGUCAUAGAGAUAAGUGGACCUGUUCUUCAUCAUGAGCCAAAAUCCUUAAAAGACAUGCACUGCCUGCAGAUAGUGAAUGGAGACAUCCAAAACUUAACCCAAGAUGCAACUAAAAGAGGACUUUCCUUUUCCACCAAGUCCAGCAGUGACAGUAGUCAGUCAGAAAAUAGCAGUGGAGUGAGCACAUCCUGUUUUCAGGAACGCAAGUGCCAUGAAACAAAUAAGCGAGGUGGUAUGUACCUGGAGGACCUGGAUGUUCUUGCUGGAACAGCCCUGCGGCAGCUGGUAGAUGAAAACCGUAAAAAUGAAUUUCACUCGCAAGAGAACUUGGUUGUACAUAUUCCCAAGGACCAUAAACCUGGAACUUUCCCAAAGGCACUUUCCAUUGAAAGUCUCUCACCUACUGACAACAGUAAUAGUGUAAACUGGAGGACAGGCAGCAUCUCUUUGGGCAAACAGAAGUGCUCUACUCCUAAAGAGCCCAGAUUCAUGGCUUGCUGUCCUAAAGAAAGUAGAGUUAGUAUUUAUGACAAUGUUCCAGGUUCCCACUUGUAUGCCAGCACUGGAGACCUUUUGGACUUGGAAAAAGAUGACCUUUUCCCUCAUUUAGAUGACAUUUUGCAGCACGUCAAUGGACUUCAAGAGGUUGUAGACCACUGGUCAAAGAAUGUACUGCCAGAGAUGCAAGGCAAAGAUUUAUUGGUUGGGGAAUCUGCAUCAUUGCCAUUCCAGACACCCACCCAAAUUAUGUUGGACUUUGAAGGGAACUCUGUUUCUGAUGGUCGUACUACACCCAGUGAUAUGGACAGAGAUGGAGCAUCUCUCAAUGAGUCAGAAACAACUGAUAUUAGGGACAGGAGAGACUCUGGUGUAGGGGCAUCUCUCACUAGGCCAAACAGGCGAUUACGCUGGCAUAGUUUCCAGAUCUCACAUGGCCCGAGCUAUUCUGCAGCAUCACUACAGCUCAGUAAUCAAUCUGCAGCCCAACUCAAUCUACUGCAAAAAUUUUCCUUACUUCGUUUUACUGCCAUCAUGGAAAAAUAUUGCAUGUCAAACAAACAUGGCUGGACAUGGUCUGUGCCAAAGUUCAUGAAGAGGAUGAAAGUCCCUGACUACAAGGACAAGAGUGUCUUUGGUGUUCCGUUGAUAGUUCAUGUCCAGCGGACAGGGCAGCCGCUUCCACAGAGCAUGCAGCAAGCGCUGCGCUACUUACGCAGCAAUUGUCUAGAUCAGGUGGGUCUGUUUCGAAAAUCAGGCGUGAAGUCCCGAAUCCAGGCCCUGCGUCAGAUGAAUGAGAGCUCCCCUGAGAAUGUCAGCUAUGAAGACCAAUCAGCCUAUGAUGUGGCAGAUAUGGUAAAGCAGUUUUUCAGGGACUUACCAGAACCUCUUCUCACCAGUAAGCUAGGAGAAACCUUCCUCCAUAUCUAUCAAUAUGUUCCCAAAGAGCAGAGACUUCAAGCCGUGCAGGCAGCCAUCAUGUUGAUGUCAGAUGAAAACAGGGAGGUUUUGCAGACUCUGCUGUGUUUCCUGAGUGACGUCUCCUCUGUAGAAGAGAAUCAAAUGACUCCAAUGAAUGUAGCUGUUUGUCUGGCCCCUUCUCUUUUCCACCUUAAUAUAUUAAAGAAGGAAAGCUCACCAAGAGUAAUACAGAAAAAAUAUGCGACAGGGAAGCCAGAUCAGAAGGACCUCAGUGAAAACCUGGCAGCCACUCAGGGACUUGCACACAUGAUAAUAGAAUGCAACAAACUUUUUGAGGUCCCACAUGAGAUGGCAACCCAAUCUCGGAACUCCUACGUGGAGGCUGAAGUGCAUUGUCCAACGCUGGAGGAACUAGGAAAGCAAAUGGAUGAAGAAGGAGGGAAUUACCAAAUGUACCUUGAAAGUCUGAUGCAGAACCUUCAGAAAGAAGCAAAAGAGAAAUUCAAAGGAUGGGUCACCUGUUCUAGCAUAGAGAACACAGACCUUGCUUACAAAAAGGUUGGGGAUGGCAACCCACUCAGAUUUUGGAAAGCUUCCGUGGAAGUUGAAGCACCCCCGUCGGUUGUACUGAAUCGAGUCCUACGAGAACGUCACCUUUGGGAUGAGGACUUCUUGCAGUGGAAAGUUGUAGAAACUCUGGAUAAGCAAACAGAAAUAUACCAAUAUGUACUGAAUAGCAUGGCACCCCAUCCUGGCAGAGACUUUGUCGUUCUAAGGACAUGGAGAACAGAUUUGCCAAAAGGAGUGUGCACACUAGUGGCAGUCUCUGUGGAACAUGAAGAAGCUCCUUUGAUGGGGGGUGUACGAGCAGUGGUGAUGGAUUCUCAGUAUUUAAUAGAGCCUUGUGGCUCAGGAAAAUCCAGGCUGACACAUGUCUGUAGAAUUGAUCUGAAAGGCCAUUCCCCAGAGUGGUACAACAAGGUCUUUGGGCAUUUGUGUGCCGCGGAAGUUGCCAGGGUCAGAAACUCAUUUCAACCUCUUAUUGCUGAGGGGCCAGAAACCAAAAUCUGAGGAAACGUUCCAGCAAUGUGUGAACCUAGAGCAGAGGAUGGGAGACAGCAGAAAGACCCAACGCAAAGGUCUGAAUAAGGAUAGAAGUAUGACCUCAUGUCUGUACCGUGGCCAAACAGGGAUUUCACAGAAAGGCCUGCUCAUUCCAGAGACUUUGCCCACCUGUUGCCCCAGCUCUUCUGUGUUCUUUUCAAUUACUGAAGUAAACCUUUUUUUAAAAAAAGCUUUCAGCAGUUACUUUACAAUGAGACUAUUACCAUUGUUUGUGUGUUGCAUAAUUCACAUUAUUUAAAAGCUUCCAAGAAGCAUAUUUUAACUGUAAAUUAACAAUGUACAAUUUGUAUAUACUUAUCUAUGUAUAUUAUAUAUCUAUAUGUAUAUGUAAAGUAAUUAUUUUGUAUAUAAUUUAGUGCUUUCUAGAAGAAAUCAUCAAUUUUGACCUUAUAUGGACCUGUUCUUGUUGCUUGUUUUUCAGUGUUUCACAGCUAUAUAAACUGUGUUUGCUGUUACCAGAGAGCUACAUGACAUAAUCUGUGUGAUAUCUAACAAAAAUGGAUGCUUGACUGUUCUCAUUCGUGUUGUGUGUGGGGGGGGAGGGGGUGUAAACUACAAGAAGGUACAUAGAUAGAUAUAGGGACUAUAGAAAGGAUAAUUCUAUGUUUAAGAAUAAUGAACAGCAGUUCAGUAUCAUCCCAAAAAUGCUAACAUGGAUAUUGUACUUGGUGAGCACAUUUCGAAGACCAUUUACAAUAAAUGGUUGGAAGUUUGUGACUGCUCCAUGAUAGCGCUCAAACUUCCCUGUAACCUUAAACAACUGAGUAAAUAGUUGCAGUUAGGGGCCCUCACCAUUUGCAGUAGUAAAGCUGCUUCCUAUAUUAAGUCUAGGACAGUUCAAAGGAAUGUUGCCGAUACCAAGGUAACCUUAACUUACCAAUUUGACUCCAGGUGAACACUUAUUAAGGACUACCGCUCUGAAGUCUUUCAUUUAGAUUUCUGGCUAAGUAUGUACUUUGGGAGCUGUUCUUUCUUUCUUCUGUCAAGCUAUUUAAUUGUUAACCAAAAUCCAAAGCAGUGUUUCCACCCCAGAUGGGCAGCUAAAAAUUAUACCUUUUUAUAUAUUUUCACUAUAAAAAGUAACUAAUUUCUGGGAAAAUAGCUUUUUUGGUAAGAGCAAACAUUUUCACUUUAUGCACUGAUGUGUUGAGAAGAGGAACAGGAUUACAUCUACUGGCCCCUUUCAUUUGCAGGGACUUAAUGUUUUGUUAAGUGGAAGAAUGCUUUAAAAAUGGUUGUUAGCUAUGAGACAAGGGUUAUGUUCUGUUUUUAAACUAACAUAAAACCAAAAAUGUAACUAUAGACAUGAAUCACUUAAAAAAACUCCCACAGGUCAGUCAAUACAGUGCUCCUUCAGUAGUCAGGUAUUUGUUCACCCCGACUUUAUUUAUUGCUGCAUUAAUUAGUUUGGUCAUUUGGAACCAGUAUUUUAGUUCACAUCUUUAAAUGCCUUCUACCUUCAUUUAUGGUGAGUUUAAUUCUAUGAGAUUUAUCAUCCUACUUCUAGGUGCUGAGAUUUAUAUCAUUCAGUAGUGCUGGAGUAAUGGCUUCACACAGUGACACUGCCAAUACUUUGAAUCUGCUUAGAUUACCUUUGCUGUGUUGUGUUUGUCGUCAGCAAUGUACAAUUACAUUAAUAAGAAGUAUUAGAGAGAUAAGAGUACCGAGAUACCUUCAUAUGCCUCCAAAUAUCCUGCCACACUGCCUUGUUAUUUUCCAGGUUCAAGAACAAAAGAUUUUCCAUUGUGGAUUAGAUCACUGGUGAAUCAAGAUCAGUUUCCUGCUGUCAGCCAUCAUAAUUAUUGUAAGCUUCAAGGCAUGCUGCCUCAUAAGGCACGCAGCCACCUGAGCAGUAUUUUACAGGGAGAAGGAAAUUUUUGCUGCCACACUCUACCCCCAUGCAGCCUAUUCGCUGAAGCAUGAGGCCUCAAUGCCCUUAUCAUAUGUGAGCUCACAUAAGAGUCUACAACACUUCCUGUGUAUUAAUCAUCACAGAAUAAUCAAGGCACUGGAAACAAAUAAUUUCUGAAAGAAAAAUGUAGCAGACGAGGCCAGGUUGUCUUAUUCUUAGAUAAUCAGCUGGAGGAAUUGCCUACUGUAAUUACAAAAAUGGCAAAGGGACCCUGCAUGGUUGGGAGGAAGGGGAGCAGAGGCUUUGUGGAUGCACUUAUAGCAUCUGUAUGCAAUGUAUUGAUCAAAGGCACAUGUCUACCAGUCAGGCACUACAGUAUUUUAUAUUACAUUUUAUGCUGCCAUUUGGAAUACACUAUAACAAGUCCAUUUUGAAAUGUUAUACUAUUAUUAAUACCUCAUAUUUUUACCUCAUUUUUGGUAUCAGUCAUCAACUGUAGAUAAGUAAUUGCAGAGGUGAAUAAAUUUGCAUACAUUACAGCUUCAGAGUGCCUUUACAUUUAUGUGUUUCCUUUUUUCUAUGUUGAAACAGGUAACAAACCUGGCAUAUGGAACAGCUCCCUCCCCUCCAGUGCCACCUGAUAGGGAUGAAAUAUACUUUAAAGUAUGACUCUACCAACUAGUUUAGGUUUCAGUACUUUGUUACUACUUGUCACUUGACAGUGGCCACAUGCAUAUAAGGUACUUCCCCCAAAAAACCCGUCGUUUAGAGGGCCCAUCUUAGAAUACCGUAGUCCUGAUUUUCAGCGGUAUAGAUUGUCCAUGGUUCCUGUGAUAGCUGUGGGGGAAUAAUCAACCCCCCAGUGUGUGUUAAAGAGGCCACUCUUUAAAAGCUGAGGCUUAAAUCAUGCAUCUUCUCUCGUGUGCGCUAGUUUUACAUUGACAGACUCUACUGGUGUCAAUGGCAUCCCUUCUGUGCACCAGUGUUGGUCAGAGGAGAAUCAGGCUCAGCCCUCAGGGCCAUGGCCAAGAGUUUAUAACAAGGCCUAAAUAAAGCUGAAAAAACAACAAAUGGUCUGGUAGCACUUUAAAGACUAACAAAACAUGUAAUG